UGUGUGGCUGCAAUCGCCCUCCGUUCCAGCGUCCCACUCGCUCCCCUUGACGUCUUCAGCGCACUGGCUACUCCUGCGCCGCUUCUACAGAACAACGCCUGCUUCGUCCAUCUCCCACUCCACGCCAGAUACUCCACCCGCUACUCCUGCGUGGAGAAUCACCAGGGUCGGUGACUGAUUCUUUCAGUUCUGUGCUCGAAAAGUACUAGUGGAACUCCAAUCGAAUUGUCUACCAUCUUCACCUUUACGCAGUAUGGCAUUACCUUCAUCAAGCAUCAGAGCUGCAUCCUCCACAGUUUACCCUGCCUAUCUUGGCCUACACCAAAACCCCAACAGCCACCAUGCUCCUUUUCGUCCUUCAAAAACAAACCAUGCCAAUACCUGUAAAUGCAUCGAGUCACCCAAAAUUGCUAGACGAUCUCUCUUCUUCCUACCCGCCACCUUUCUUCUCCUUCACACUUCCUCCUCCCUUGCUGUAGAUGACACAAACAUGUCAUCCACCUUAGCAAUUGACACAACGAUCACAGAUCGCAUCUUCAUGGACUUUAGUGUCUGUCCAAGCUACUUUCGUUCUGACAGACCUUUAGGAGCUGAGCUUUCCUCAUGCCCUGACUCUGAGCCAUUUGGUCGUGUUGUCUUUGGUCUUUAUGGUCGGCUUCUCCCCAUUACUGUUGCCAAUUUCAAAGCUACAUGUACUGCAGCUGCAUAUAGGGGCACUCUUGUCCACAAGCUCCUUCAAGGACAAUUUUUUUCUGCUGGCCGACAAGGCUUUCGGCGUGACAAGGGUGAAGUCCAGCCUCCCUCAGGCCUCAUUAGGAAUUCUGAGACUGUCAAUCCUAAAGCAUUCAAACUAAGGCAUGCAAGACCUGGUACACUUUCCUUGUGCCUCGGAGAGAAUGAUGAUGAUGAUGACAUCAAGCUCAAUCCCAAUUAUCACAAUGUUGAAUUCUUGGUUACCACAGGGCCAGGACCCUGCCCAGAGCUUGAUGGCCAAAACAUUGUCUUUGGAACUGUAUUGGAAGGAAUGGAUGUUAUCACCAGCAUUGCAACCAUACCUACCUACAAACCAGCUGAAAGGAUCCGCUUCUUCAAUGACUUUGCACAGUUGAUUGGUGACGAAAGAGCUCAAACUGCUCGGGCAUUGUGGGAUCGCCCACUUAAGACUGUAUAUAUCAGCGACUGCGGGGAGCUAAAAGUGACCAAACAAUCUCUUUCCCCUCCAAGCUUACCAUGACGUUAUGCAUUAAUAUUUUUGUGCCACUUUAUUACUAGGAUCCUUUCCCUGUACUCCUUAAGCUGUAUAUAUUCCUUCUGUUAUCAACUUAAACGUUCCGACAAACGGUUGUACAGUAUCAACAUACUCUGAGUUCUCAGUUCUUCGCUAUGUAACAGCCUCAACUCGUAAACCUUGGGACUGUGAUGGCACAUGGCUAACUGUACCAAAUUUCUAUCUGGAAGAGAAGAAAAUUAAACAUUGUUGUUGCUGGUA